AUGGGUAAAAGAAAGGAAGAAAGUAUUUCUAAGCCUGGCUCCCAUAAAAGACAGAGACAAGAAUAUACAGAGGAACAUAGUGAUGAGUUUAAUGAAGAAGGAAAUUCACAGUCGUCAGCUGACAGCAAUAUCUCUUCACUGCCAACUGUAGGGGAAGUUGGGAUAAUUGAAAGUAUCCAACUGAAGAACUUUAUGUGCCAUUCAAUGUUGGGGCCAUUUCAGUUUGGAUCUAAUCUCAAUUUUGUUGUUGGAAACAAUGGAAGUGGAAAAAGUUCUGUAUUAACUGCUCUUAUUGUUGGACUUGGUGGAAAAGCCACUGCAACUAAUAGAGGUACCUCGUUAAAAAUGUUUGUACGAGAUGGAGAGACUUCUGCAGAUAUUUCCAUAACGUUGCGGAACCAAGGCAGAGAUGCAUUUAAGCCAGAAGUGUAUGGUAGCUCUAUCAUUGUGAAUCAGCACAUUAACCUGGAUGGAAGCAGAAGUUACAGACUGAAAAGCAAAUCUGGUACUGUAAUUUCUUCAAAGAAAGAGGAACUCCUAGGAAUACUGGAUCACUUUAAUAUACAGGUAGAUAAUCCUGUGUCUGUUUUAACCCAAGAGAUGAGUAAGUACUUUUUACAGUCAAAAAAUGAAGGUGACAAGUACAAGUUUUUUAUGAAAGCAACUCAGCUGGAACAAAUGAAAGAGGAUUAUACUUCUAUUAUGAAGACUAAAAAAAAUACUUGUAUUCAGAUAGAACAAGGACUAGAGCGUCUUCAAGAACUUAAGCUACUUUAUUGUGAAAAAAAGGAACGUUACAAAAGCAUCGGGUUUAUGAAUGACAUGAGGAAUCGUCUUGAAGAUUUGAAGCAUAAAAUGGCAUGGGCAGUGGUAGGUGAGAUGGAGAAGGAAAUGCAGCCUAUCCAAGAAGGCAUCAGAGCUGAAGAAGAAAAUACAGAGCAAUUUGUUCAGAAGCUGGAAGAAUGCCAGGUAAAAGUGAAUGAAGCAGAGGAAAAGUACAAAGCAGCAAAAGAGAAGUUAAUAGCCAUAAGUGAAGAAGCAAAAGCCCUGCAUCCUCAGUGUAUUUCUUUGAAGGCUGAUGUGCAGGCAAGAAGAAAAGCAGUCAAUGAAGCCGAGGUUCUUUAUAAUCGUUUCAAAACUGAGUUAAAACGUCUGGGAAAAGAUGAUGAACAGCUACGUAAACAAAUUGAAGAACUCAAAAGCAGUGCUAAUCGGGUUUCAGAGCCUGAAAAAUUGGAAAGACAAAGGAGAAUUGCACACUUAAGGGAACAGUUAAAGGCAUUCCACGAUGAAGAGAUCAUGAUCAGCCAACAGGUGGAGCAGUUUCAGCAGGCUAUAUAUAAGUGUAAGGAAGAACAUGCCAGACUUAGGAAAGAAGAGUUUGAUGCAAAACAAGCACUGGAUGCCGAGCAGAAACAGCUGAGAGAGCUGAAAGAUAGUAAAACAAACACCUUGAAAAGAUUUGGACCACAUAUGCCAGCAUUUCUUGAAGCAGUUGAAACAGCCUAUAGGCAAGGGCACUUUAAACACAAACCUAUCGGACCUAUAGGUGCUUUCAUUCAUCCUAAAGAUGCUGAACUGACCUUGGCUGUUGAAUCUUGUUUAAAGAGCCUAGUUCAGGCAUUUUGCUGUGAUAAUCAUAGUGAUGAAAGAACUCUUCAGCGACUGAUGUCAAAAUACUCACAUGGAUUUAGACCUCAGAUAAUUGUAAAUAAAUUUCAGAAUGAAGUUUAUGAUGUUAGACAAAGAGGAGUUCAUCAUCCAGAGUUCCCAUCAGUUCUCACAGCACUGGAAAUAGAUAAUGCAGUGGUUGCCAAUUGUUUGAUCGAUGUGAGGGGCAUUGAAACGAUCCUGCUGAUUAAAAGUAACAUUAAAGCUCGUGAAGUAAUGCAGUUGAAUCGGCCCCCCAAAAAUUGUAGAGAAGCUUUCACUGCUGCAGGUGAUCAAGUGUUUGAAAGACGAUAUUACUCUUCUGAAUACCUCAGACCCAAGUUCCUAAGCCAAGAUGUUGAAGCAGAAAUAAGUCACUUGGAGAAAGAAAUUGAAAACAAAAAAGCACAAUUAGCAGCAUCUCAGCAACGUUUACGUUCCAUUGAAAAUGAGAUCAGGCAGAAUGAAGAUCAUCUUCGUGGUCAUCAACAACACCAAAAAAAGCUGCAGAUAAAAAUAAGAACAACAAAUGCAGAAAUAACAGAUCUUGAAAAUAUGGAAGAACACCCAUCUGUGGACAUCCGUACAUUAGAAGAUGAAGUUGAAGAAAAUAAGAGUAAGAUGGAAUCUGUAAAAAAAGACAUGCAGCAACAAAGCAGAAAAGUGGAAGAACUGAAAAAUAUUCUCCAGGUAGCUGAAAAAAAAUUGGAAGAAAUAAAAGAAAAAAUUCAUCAUGUUGAAGAAAAUGCUGGUCCAGUUAAGGAUGAAUUAAACCGAGCUGACUCAGAAGUGGAAAACAGUAAAAGCUCUUUGCAGCACUAUGAGAACAAACACGCAGAACAUUUAGCGUUGAUAAAAAGGCAUAAAGAGUUACUAGCUGCCAAAGAAAAAGAAUUAGAGGAGAAGACAGCACAGGCGAGGCAGAUCUGCUCGGAGCGCGUGGAGGUCAGCAGGACUGUGAAGAGCCUUGAUGCAGAAAUGAAUCGCCUGAGAGAGAAGAUAAAUUCAGAAAGCCAUCGCCAUGGAAACAGAGAAGAAAUAAUACAGCAAUUUCAUGAUGCAAAGGAAAGAUAUAAAGAUGCAAACAGUAAAGUAAAGCAUUUAAAGAAAUUUAUUAGGCUGCUGGAAGAAAUAAUGGCACAGAGAUUCAAAAUGUAUCGGCAGUUCUUAAGGUUUCUUUCUGUUCGAUGCAAAAUGUACUUUGAGCAUUUAUUGCGUAUUCGAUCUUGCUCUGGACAAAUACUUUUUGAUCACAAGAAUGAGACACUUUCAAUAACAGUUCAGCCUCGGGAGGAAGACAGAGCUGCCCUUAAUGACGUGAGGUCCUUAUCAGGAGGUGAACGUUCCUUCUCAACAGUUUGUUUCAUUCUUUCUCUGUGGUCCGUUACUGAAUCUCCUUUCAGAUGUUUGGAUGAAUUUGAUGUCUACAUGGACAUGGUUAACAGGAGGAUUGCAAUGGAUAUGAUUCUAAAGGUGGCUGGCUCUCAGCAGUACCGACAGUUCAUUUUGCUCACCCCACAGAGAAUGAGUUUUCUGCCUGUGAGUUCCAGUAUUCGAAUCCUCCGAAUGCAAGACCCUGAAAGAGGCCAAAAAACAUUGAAUUUCCAGAAGAAGAAUGACCAAGAGGAGGAUCAAUAA